GAAUAAGGAGCAUGAAAAGCGCUUUUUUAAAAACAACAACCUUUUAAUUUCGAUCGGCGUAGUCAUCAUAUUUAUAAAUAGUAAAUAUAUACAUACAAACGGUACUUGCAUAAGAAUGGUAGAACAUACGUAGGUCGGUAAAUAUAUAAAGGUGUAUGUGUGCGUAUAAUAAACGGUAUUUAUUGAGGGGCCGCGUUGUUGCACAGACGUAAGCAGCUGAUAGGGUCUUCUAAACAACUCGAGCGGCAACUGAUAUAGAGAACAAACAAACCAAAAGAGGAGCAAAUCAGAUAUUUAGAUAGUAGCACUCGAAAGAAGUGGAGAAGGUGUUUUAGAAUUGCAAGGUAAACGUACAUGCAUGUGCGUACAUAUGUGUGUAUAUAUGUGAUGCCAUGUAGCUAUGACGGUGUGUAGGUAUGUAUGUAAGUACCCAAUAGCAAUAUCAUGAAUACCAAUUCCAAUUCAAGGUGAUAAGAAGCGACUACUUUAAAUCGUGGUAUCUCCAUACAUACAUACAUACAAACAUAUAAACGUAUAUGCAUUGUUAAUAUCUUUUGAAUAUGAAACAAUCUUACCGCAUACCACCAGCUCCUCGAUAGCACAUCUGGACUUGGGUCGACCGUAAGGCGGUAAACAUUGUGGUUUUACCGUAAAAGCGGUGCGGUUGUGCUAUUAAAAGGCUCGGAGUCAAAUUGUGUAAAUACGUUAGAAUCACGUACUCACAUACUUACUUACAGCAAAGUUGUUUACAUAUAGAAACGCGUGUGUGUGUGAGUGCACAUCAUUAGCGAGCAGCGAGUAAUCAAAAAAUAUUAUUUUAUUUCGAUUCUAAAUAUAACAUUAAAUACCAAUUAAUAUAGCGCUAAUGCAGAAGCAGCAGUAAUUUGUGGUUAAAUGCAUAAAGUGAAGAAAAUUUCCCAAACAGCGUAAAUUAAUAUAAAAUAACUCGCAGACACGUGCUUGAAAAUGUUAUAAAAUAUUGAAAAUUAAUUUGUUUACUAAAAACCAAUAAAAAAAAAAAACAGUUAAUCGAAUACCGUCGGCACUUUUGAGCGGAUACGCAAAAUAACGCAGCACCGUCGGCAAACACAUACGCGGCCACCACGUGUGUGUGUUGGUUCAGUUUAUGAUCGCCAUUAUCGCGCAAAGUCAGUCUUAAAAGCCACAAAGUGAAGCCACACCUGAUUACUUACUUACAUAUAUAACCACACAUACAUAUGUACAGAAGUGUUAAUCUUAUUGCUGCAGUACUUUCGUAUGCACCUAUAUAUGCAUGCAUGUAUGUAUGUUGAUUUGCCUUUUCGCCAUUUCGUUUGCAACACUACUGCGCGCGUGUAUGUGUGUAUGUCAAUAGAUAAUUAGAAAAUUUGUUGAUGUUUGUGCAUAGUCUGCAUUAUAUUAGCAUUACAAUUGUAGACGUGUUGCAUUAGCAAUGAUGCAAACUUUGAAACCGCCACCACCACUAUUACAACACCACCAUCAACACCAGCCGCAGCCACAGCCUCAUUCGUCAUUGGCCUCGUCAUUGCUUAGCAGCAGCAACAUUUCUAUUAUGAAUAAUCAUAUCCAUCAGCAGCAACAACAACAACAGCCACAUCCUUUGCUGCAUAAUCAUCAGAAUCCGCAAACGAUGAUGCAACAACCGCAGCCCAGUCACCUAGUACCUCCUUUGCCUACGCUGCCUACAAUGCCGCCGCUGCCGUUGCCGCUGCCGCCUACACUGACGCCACACUCCCCCACAAUAAUGAAUAGCAGCAUAGGUAAAGCUAUUGGUAGUAGGAGUAUUCUACAGCAUAAUCACAAUUCAAGUCAACAGCAACAGCAACAACAACAGCGGCAAGACAACAAUAAUAUGUUAGCUGGCGGCGUCCAUCUUGACGAUGAACCAAAUCCUGAAAUGGUGCUCGCUUUGAUCUCAAGGAAUCGUGCGCUCGAGGCUACUAUACCAAAGUGCGGAGGCUGUCAUGAACUUAUACUUGAUCGUUUUAUAUUGAAAGUGUUGGAGCGAACGUGGCAUGCGAAGUGUUUGCAAUGCAGCGAAUGUCACACCCAACUAAAUGAUAAAUGCUUUUCGCGGAAUGGACAGCUUUUCUGUAAAGAAGACUUUUUUAAGCCUACUAGACGAUAUGGAACAAAGUGUUCCGCAUGUGAUAUGGGAAUUCCGCCAACGCAGGUGGUACGAAGAGCGCAAGACAAUGUCUACCAUUUACAAUGUUUUCUGUGUACAAUAUGCUCUCGAACACUAAACACCGGUGAUGAAUUUUACCUUAUGGAAGAUAGAAAACUAAUAUGUAAACGUGAUUAUGAGGACGCGAAGGCGAAAGGACUCUACUUAGAUGGCUCAUUAGAUGGUGAUCAACCAAAUAAAAGACCUCGUACAACAAUUACAGCAAAACAAUUAGAAACACUUAAAACAGCUUACAAUAAUAGCCCUAAGCCUGCACGACAUGUACGAGAACAACUAUCACAAGAUACCGGACUGGACAUGCGAGUCGUUCAAGUUUGGUUUCAAAAUAGGAGAGCGAAGGAGAAACGACUGAAGAAGGAUGCUGGACGAACGCGUUGGAGUCAAUAUUUUAGAUCAAUGAAGGGUAACUGUUCUCCGCGUACGGAAAAAUUCCUCGACAAGGAUGAAUUAAAAGUAGACUAUGACAGUUUUAGUCACCAUGAUUUAAGUAACGAUAGCUACAGUACGGUCAAUCUAGGUUUAGAUGAAGGUGCUUCACCACAUAGCAUAAGAGGAUCUUAUUUGCACGGUAGUUCCAGUCCACCGCAAUAUCCUACUAGUCGAUCACCACCACCUGUGGGGCACAAUCACUCAUUUGGUUCAUAUCCUGAUAACAUCGUUUAUACUAAUAUAGAACACAAUACAUCAUCGAAUAAUGUGAGCGCGACAAAGGCACAUCGAGUACAUGGCAGUGCAGUUUCGGAUUUGAGCAAUGAUUCUAGUCCAGAGCAGGGCUAUCCAGACUUUCCCCCAAGUCCUGACUCCUGGCUGGGCGACUCAGGGAACACAUCGAAUCCGAAUUCGCAAACACCAGGCGUUCAUUACUGAUACUCGUACACACGCAUAUUGCUUAAGUACUUGCAAAUGCGCAAUUACUCGUACUGGCGCGCCAAACAGCAUGAUCAUCCAUACAAA